AUGGUGCAUCCUUGUUCCAUCCUACCCGAGGCCAACAGCAGUCAGACAAAGACUCUGUCUUUCCUUUUGGGUGGCUUUUCAGCAUGGGAAAGCACUCAGAUAUGGGGAGCUGUACCUCUCUGCUCUGCGUACCUUCUUGCACUGCUGGGGAACUGCACUAUCCUUUCCAUCAUUAAGGUAGAGCAGAGUCUCCACACACCCAUGUAUCUACUCCUUGCUAUGCUGGCUGUGGCAGACUUGGGUUUGUGCACAUCCACAUUUCCAAGCAUGCUGAUGAUGCUGUGCCUGAAGGCCAGAGAGAUUGGUUUUGGCAUCUGCCUUGUCCAGAUGUUCUUCAUUCACAGCUUCACAGAUAUUGAAUCUGCUGUCAUUCUGGCUAUGGCCUUUGACCGCUAUGUGGCCAUCUGCCACCCCCUACGAUACUCUUCCAUCCUCACCAACUCGGUGACCAUGAAGAUAUGUGUGGCAAUCAUUAUGAGGACCAUCCUUAUCGUAAUUCCACUUCCAGUCCUGCUGAUCCAGCUCUGUUUCACCACAGCCAGCAAGCUCUCCCAUCCCUAUUGUUUGCACCCAGACAUCAUCAAACACUCAGGCUCUGACACAAGAAUCAACAGUGCCUAUGGGCUUUUUGCGCUGAUAUCCACACUGGGCUUGGACUUGCUUUUUGUCCUUCUGUCCUAUGUUCUGAUCCUUAAGACCAUCCUGAACAUUGCAACUUGGAGGGAGCGUCUCAAAGCUCUCAACACCUGCAUCUCCCACAUCUGUGCUGUCCUGUUGUUCUUUAUCCCCAUGAUCUGCCUGUCCAUGCUACACCGGUGUGGGAAACAUGUGUCCCCCAAGGUGUACACUUUUGUAGCCAACCUUCAUUUUCUGGCACCACCUCUCCUGAAUCCCAUUGUUUACAGUGUGAAAACCAAAGUGAUCCGGAAACGGAUACUGGGAAUGUUCUAUCAAAGAGGGGCACACAACUCUAGGGCUGUCAUUUGCCAAUAG